UGCCCCUGCAGGCUCAACCUGAAAAGGGAAGGGAAGGUAACCUGAAAUUAAUGCUUAAAAUUUUGAAAAGAAAAAGAAAAUGUUAGAUUGGUAGCACACACUCUAAAUAUGGAUGUCGUAACGUUCGGAAUCAUAGUGGGCAUUAUAAUCCUUUUCUUAGUCAUUGUUUGCUUCAUCACAAUCGAAGGCACUUGCAAGUCUCGCUCCUAAUUCAACUCUAUACUUACUUUCUCUUCUUCAAUUCUUUCCGAUUCCAUGGCAUUGGGUAAGAAGAGUGUGGAUUAUUUGGCAUUCCUUUUCCUCUGUUUGGCUCUUCUAUCGUGUUUGGAUCUGGGAAUAGCGCAUCAGUCUCAUUCCCAUUCCCAUUCUGGUUUCUGUGGAUCCGAUGCCCAUCAUCACUGUGAAGAGCACCAUCACCAUGACCAUGACCAUGACCAUCACCAUGCGCAUGACCUUAAGGACAAGAUUGAUGGCAGGUCCAAGCUUCCCGAAGAGUUAGCAGAGGAGGAGGAUAUGAAGCUAUACGGCUUCGGCUUUCCGCAUGAACAUGACCAUCACGAUACUUCAGAACUAUCGGGUUUGGGCCUAUGGUUGAAUGCAUUGGGCUGUUCAUUUCUGGUGAGCAUGGCUUCUCUUACAUGCCUCAUUGUCCUUCCUGUAAUUUUUGUACAAGGGAAACCAUCAAAGGCUGUUGUUGAUUCAUUGGCUUUAUUUGGGGUCAGGUUUCUUCUACCUCUUUCUUUGGUUUCACUAUCUUGAGUUCUCUUUUAUUAC